AAUUGAACUACUUUUAGAAGUUUGUGAUCUUAGAUUGCAAGCGUGUUGUAAGUCAAGAUAUAUACUUCAUUCCAAGAAAGACUAGAUAGCCAAUGCAAAGAUUCCCGUCGUGUCUCUGCUUUCCCUGAGCCCAAGAUCUUUCCGUUCUAUUAUUGAGAUGGCAGGACGCUUGUCUCUUGCUGCGAUCCUCGUCUGUCUCAUGCUGCUGGCCAAAGAUUCAAGCUUUGUACAGGCAACCUCUGAGAAUAUCCGGAACAGAAAAGUGCUUGAAGUGGACGUUGUGGGAGGGACUUCCAAUGCUGCAAACCUGAACGUUACUUCUGAGGGGGAUCCCCUCCGGAGAAAUAUGCUGGCGAACGGGCUGAAUGCCACCCCCCGGAUGGGAUGGAGUACUUGGAACGCAUACGGUACCGACAUCAACGAGGCAAAAGUCAAACAAGCUGCGGACCAAGUUGUAGCCCUCGGUCUGAGAGAUGCCGGUUAUGUCUACAUCAACAUAGACGAUGGCUGGAACACCGUCGGCCGAAGCCCCAGCGGAGACUUGCAACACGAUCCGUCCGUCUUUCCUUCUGGGAUGCUGUCCCUUGGAAACUACAUCCACGGCAAAGGGCUCAAGUUCGGGCUCUACCUCGACGCAGGGCAGCUGACGUGUGCGGGCCGCGAGGGAUCCCUCGGCUUUGAGGCGCGCGACGCGCGCUACCUGCAGGCGGCUACCGUGGACUACCUCAAGUACGACUCGUGCGCGAGCGGAGACGUCGCGCCCAUCAGGACACGGUUCGAAAUCAUGCGAGACGCACUGGCGGCGCUGAGCCGCCCAAUCUACUACUCAACCGGGUACUGGGGCUAUCCAACCAGCACGUGCGACAGAGGUUCGGUCGCCAACAGCUGGCGCACGUUCUACGACAUUUACGGCGACAUCAACCGGGUCUUUGAGACCAUGGACCAGAACAACAUGUACCCGCAGUGUGCCGGGCCAAGUCAAGGCUGGAACGAUCCCGAUUAUCUCGUGGUUGGCGGCCUGGGCCUCUCAGACGGGAGCCCCGACUACGUCGGCGAGAGGACGCAAAUGAGCAUCUGGGCGAUUAUGAAGGCGCCUUUAAUGAUAAGCAUCCAGUUGGCUGCAAUCGACGCCACGCGGCAGGCUAUCCUCACAAACUCCGAAGUGAUCGCCGUGAAUCAAGACUCUCUAGGGGUUCAGGCGUCCCGCACUUACUACGCGGGCAAGCGCCAAAUCUGGGCCGGCCCGUUGAGCGGUAACCGGGUGGUUGUGGCGCUGGUUAACGAGAACGGCGGCUCCUCCGACAGCUUUUCGGCCACGUGGACUGUCAUCGGGCUGACGCCAGGGACUGUCGUCACUGCACGCGACUUGUGGGCGCACCAAAACCUGCCCGGUACGUACUCCGGUUCCAUCGGCCCCUUCUCCCUCCAACCCCACGAAUCGGUCCUCCUGGUGCUUACAAUUCAGUCCGGGAGUUACAACCCUGGCUCUUCCCCCCCGAUAAGUGGGUGCAGUCCCAGCUACCCGUACCUCAAGUAUCCGUACUUGACGAAGUGCGGUGACGUGGCGCCUUCCAUGCCGCAGCCGUGCAACUCGCCGGACGGGCCCGGGUCGUUCGCCAUCUGCUGUCCAAGCGCGUGCGGCGGCCUUGACACCGACGGCUACAGCCCCAUCUGCCAAGGCUAUCCCGGCACGUGCACAGAUACGCCGGCCCCGCCCGCAAAUACGCCGGCCCCCCCGGCCAAAACGCCGUCCCCAACUCCAGGACCCCCCUCCUGCGGCCCGCCAAUUCUAUCCCCCGGGAGCACUUGCAGCGGCGGCUCACCCAAUCCGUGCUAUGCAAGUGACGGGUCAAAGUUGACUUGCUGCCCCGGGACCUGCGGACCCUUCGCAUCGGACGGAACGCCCACUUGCGUCGGUGUCUCCGGGGUUUGUUCCCCUAACCCGACACCCGCUCCCCCUACUCCAACUUCAGCUCCGCCUAACCCCACCCCCGCGCCCACAAACCCGGGUCCUAACCCUACCCCCGCGCCCACAAACCCGGGUCCUAACCCGACCCCUGCGCCCGCAAACCCGGGCCCUAACCCGCCUUGCGGCGCGAGCCGUCCAAAGCUAGCUGCAGGAAGCGCCUGCGGCGCGGGGGCUGUGAAUCCGUGCUACGACUCAAAUGGCGCGAAUCUUAUUUGCUGCCCCACUGCGUGCGGCCCCUUCGGCGCCGACGGGAACAGCGCGACUUGCCAGGGGGACACCACCAACUGUGCGGGCAACCCCCCGGCCACAAACCCCCCGGUUACGAGUUCCCCGGGCACAAACCCACCGGUUACUAACCCCCCGGUUACGACGCCUUCGCCUCCGGCGGGCACUUCAGGCCCCCCCGGGGGAAUGUGCACCACAUACCCUUAUCCAAAAUCCAGUGACGGAGCAUCGUGCAACGCAAAUCUCGCAAACCCUUGCUACGAUUCCGGGGGCAAUUUCUUCAUCUGCUGUCCGUCCACUUGCGGCGCCUUCCUGAGCGAUGGCAAUCCGACGUGCAUCGGUUACCCCACCAACUGUACCCCUUGAAGCGACGGAGGGGGCCUACCUCAAACGGCGACCGACUGCCC